UAUUCGCCACCGACGCAUGUUUGAAAUUGAACGGAAAAUACAGUCCGGUAAAAACGUAUUUCACGGAAGCAUUUGAUAAAUUAUACACUAUAAUGAAAUACAACAGAAACGAUAUUGUCUAUUUGUUGGUGAAGACGUGCACCAGCUGAUUCCUCCUAGCUAACUUACCAUCAGAAUGCAGUCUGUGAAGGUCGGCUACUCAGUGUUGUUUACGUUGAUAUCAAAACACAACUACUCGUCCUCGGGUCAUUUCAGAGCAUUAGCAUGUAUUCAUGGUACAAUCAGUUCAGCCUGUGGUGUCCAUCCCAUGUCAACCACAGCACAGCUUGUGGUCAUUCGCAUUCCCAGACACAUGCAGGAGCAGGUAGAAAAUGUGAAGCAAGUGAGAGGCAAGAACAAAGUCAACACCAUCUAGGCUGGCAAGCUCCAAAUCAAAAGCAAUAACCCAAAACUGAAUCAGUCCGCAGGCUACACACUUGGGAAAUUUGAGCAGCCCCAUCUCUCCUCCAAAGGAUGGAAACACAACAAAUAAUUUGGUGAUGGUUAACAACACUCAGCGUACUCCACCCGUUGUCACUGAAAUCCAGGAUGAGGAGGGUGACAAACUCAAAGAGAAGAGUAAACCUAUUACAUUUCACAACCUUCACCUCUGCCCUGACUUAGUGGAGGCUUUGGGCAAGUGUAACGGAUGUGAAACGGCUAGCUUAGUUAGCGGUGUGCGAUGUCUGAGACCUUGAAGUAGUAGUUCCCCUUGCUCUGCAAGGGCCGUGGCUUUUGUGGAGCGAUGGGUAACGAUGCUUCGUGGGUGACUGUUGUUGAUGUGUGCAGAAGGUCCCUGGUUCGCGCCCGGGUAUGGGCGAGGGGACGGUUUAAAAUUAUACUGUUACACAAGGACAACAUAACUCGCCCUAUAUUCAACUACAAACCAUCCCCAAGCUCCUGAAAGGCUAUAACAUCCUGUGCACAGCUGAGACAGGCAGCGGCAAAACCCUGAGCUACCUGUUGCCUGUUAUUCACAAACUACAGGCUGAGAAAGCAGCAGAUUCCGAGUCUAUGGAGACCACACCCAGGACUCGCUCUGUUAUCAUUGUCCCCUCUAGAGAACGUGCUAGCUGUGGCUAGGAGCCUGUGUGGCCCAUUCGGGCUGAUGGUGAAGACGGUGGGAGGUGGGAGAGGUGACGGACCUGGGCAGCAUGGUGACCAUCAAGAGCAAGAAUCUUCACUUCCUCAUGCCACAUGUAAAACAGACCUGAAGGUGAGGGGAGCUGACAAGCUUCUGGAGCUCCACCAGGCGCUGAAGGCAGCAGAGCAGGACAAGGCUGGGGUGUUGGUGUUCUGUAACCGGGCUUCCACAGUCAACUGGCUGGGCUACUCCCUGGAGGACAUGGGGCUGAGACAUGUCCGACUGCAGGGGGAGAUGCCUGCCUCCCUCCGGGCUGGAAUCUUCCACUCCUUCCAGAAGGGACAGGUAGACGUGCUGAUCUGUACCGACAUCGCUUCCCGAGGACUGGACACCCAGAGGGUCUGUCUGGUGUUCAAUUACGACUUCCCAGAAUCCCACACGGACUACAUCCACCGGGCUGGACGGGUGGGCCGGGUAGGGAGUGUGGAGGAUGGGGAGGUGCUCAGCUUCGUCACCCACCCCUGGGACGUGGAGCUGGUGCAGAAGAUUGAGACGGCUGCACGGAGGGGGACAAGUCUGCCUGGGAUGGAGUCCUCCAUCAGGAAGCCUGAGCCCAAAGCAGCCGAAGAGGAGGAGGAAGAAGAGGGGUUGCUCUACUAGUUGGUCUGCCACAAAUAAGGAUAUUACCAAAGCAGAACUAACUUGUUUGAUUCAUUUGUUCAUUAAAAUGAUUGUAUCCAUGAUAGCCCAAACCAGCUGUGUGAGACUGAAUCCUUUGUCUCCAACACAGGCAUGAUCGUCUUUUAAUUUGACCUUUUUAGAUGCCAUAUCAUGUUUGAGACUGGAACUAUGAUCUGACUUCUCUUUUUAACCCAGAUAGUUACCGCAUGUCAUUCCAAAGAGGAAGUGUCUUUGGUAAUGUACAAAAAUCAUGCCCUCUUUACAAGCAGCAGGUGUGCGGCACAUGUUUGCACUUCUCACGGGUAAUCACGGGGUGGCAGUAUUUACUUUAUUUGACAUGUCAUACAAUAACCAGAGAAGGGCUAUGGCCGAAUAUAGCCUUAUUUUAAUGCUCAUCCACAUGCGGCAAGCCCUUCUUUUAUGGAAUUUAACUCAGCCAUACUAACUUGUUUUGGUAAAACAUAGGUUAAAUAAUCUAAAAAAAACAUUUAGAACAAGUAUGGAAUACCGAUGUUCCUUUUCCUUCCAGAUACGAAAAUAAUUUCCUUAAAAGAAAGAGUAACUCAUAUAACCCUUCAUGUAUCUGGUAGGGUGCCACUGAGACAAAGUGAAGUGAAGUGGUCUUCACUCUGUUUCUGCUUUUGUGUGUAAUACAGAAGCACGACAUUAUAACCUCCAUAUGUAGAAAUGUCCAUGAAUCUACAGUCAAGUUGGAUUCAGGCCCUAACCUUGAAGUCUAUCCCAUUGAUGCCUGUGGUUACUUGUUUUAGAGGAAGCAAGAUGUUUGAACAUGAUAAUGUGUCGGAGUGAAAAUAAAUCUCUGAAAUCUG